AUGCAACAGCUAUUCGAGCAGAAAGAAAUUGGAGACUGGACACCGUCGUACUUUCUUCGGCUCAUGUUGACAGGUGAAGCCGCGACGGAAGAGUUCCUGAAGACCAUGUGGCUAAGGUAUACAGUAGCCGAAAACGGAAUGAAACCGCUCGCCGAAAAGGUUAAAGCGAUUCAAGAUUUCCCUAAACCGGAUAGCAAGAUUCCUAGGUACGAUGAACUUUUAGCUGCAUUUCAAGCGCUGAAAGACGCGCUAUCAAACGCUGCAUUUCUAGCACAUCCAUCAAAUCGUGCAAAUCUCGCGAUUAAGGUGGAUGCGUCUGAUUUUGCGUUAGGAGCAACUCUGCAACAGCAGGAGGAAG